CAUCUCUGCUGGGGAGGCAACAUGCGCGCGCCACAUUGACAAUUGCUUAUUUGUGUCUAUGUGUGGGUGUCUGUCUCUCUGUCUCUGUGUGUGUGUGUGUGCGCUUGUACGUGGGGGUGGACUGCCACAGUUAACAUGUAACUUCAACGUCAAGUCAAACUGAUGUUGUCGUCGUCGUCGUCGCCAUUUUGUUUUCAGCUGGCUUCGCUUCUUUAUUUUUUCUUCCAUUUUUUUGCUCUUGUUCCUCCUCGAUGGCUGCCUUUGGGCGCUCGCUCGCUCGUCUUGUCUCCGGCUGUGGCCGUUUUGUAUGUUUGUUAAGUUGCGCAGCGCUACGCAUUCCGUUGGUAUUUCACCAUUAAUACUUGUCUACUUAACGGUAAAUUACAGACAUUAAAUGCACGCACACAC